CUUCGGUAGGGUUUUUGGUUUAUCUCUCAAUCUUUCAGCCAUGGCGACCUUCUUGUCUCGCCUCCCCAGAACCCUAACCCUAGCUUCCUACCUCUCUCGCUCCUUCUCCACCACCGCCUCCGUCGCUCACUCUCGCUCAUCCUCCCUCUUUCUCCUCCAUCGCCUUCGUCCCCUCGCCGGCGCCAUCGCCACCGCCCGCGGCGUCUCUCCUUCUUCGGUCCUCCGAAGCUUCUCCACCAACGCCACUUCCUCCUCUCUCAAGGAUCCCAGCCCUAAUUGGUCCAAUCGCCCUCCCAAGGAGACGAUUCUGCUCGACGGCUGCGAUUUCGAGCACUGGCUCGUCGUCAUGGAGCCGCCCGAGGGUGAGCCUACAAGGGACGACAUCAUUGAUAGCUACAUCAAAACCCUAUCCCAAGUCGUCGGAAGUGAGGAAGAAGCAAGGAUGAAGAUUUACUCUGUUUCAACUAGGUGUUAUUAUGCUUUUGGAGCAUUAGUAUCUGAAGAAAUUUCAUACAAAAUUAAAGAAUUGCCUAGAGUGCGCUGGGUCCUUCCUGAUUCAUACUUGGAUGUAAGGAACAAAGACUAUGGGGGGGAACCUUUUAUUGAUGGUAAGGCAGUUCCUUAUGAUCCCAAGUACCAUGAGGAAUGGAUAAGGAACAAUGCCAGAGCAAAUGAGAGAAACAGACGCAAUGAUAGACCUCGUAAUUUUGAUAGAUCAAGGAACUUUGAGAGGAGAAGGGAGAAUAUGCAGAACCAAGAUUUUCAGAGGGGUCCGCCAGUGCAGAAUGCUGGGCCAAAUCCCCAAGGGCCCCCUGGCAGCAACACGGGUCUACCGCUAAACAGGGGUGUGGAGAAUAUGCAGAACCAAGAUUUUCAGAGGCGCCCGCCAGUGCAGAAUGCUGGGCCAAAUCCCCAAGGCCCCCCUGGCAGCAACAUUGGUCCACCACCAAAUAGGGGUGGAAUUCCCCAAAACAACAUGGGUGGAUAUCCCCCCCCCAACAACAUGAAUCUGCCAAACAACUAUGGCGGGGCGCCACCAAGCAACAACUGGAGUGGCGGACCACCCAACAACUAUGGAGGGGCACCCAACAACUACGGAGGAGCACCGAACAACUACGGAGGAGCACCGAACAACUACGGAGGAGCACCACCUAGCAACUAUGGAGGAGCACCACCUAGCAACUUCGGAGGGGCACCACCCAACAACGGAGGAGCACCACCUAGCAACUACGGAGGGGCGCCACCCAACAACGGAGGAGCACCACCUAGCAACUACGGAGGGGCACCACCCAACAACAUGGGAGGUGGGCCACCGCCAAACAUGGGAGGAAUGCAGCAGAAUAACGCAGGAUGGUCUGGUAAUGCUCCCAACAAUGAAUACCAGAACAGCUACACACCUGACAGGGACGCAUCUGGAGGAAAUUACUAGUCCAAUUGGGAAAUGCCUUGAGCGUUGUGAGCUGUGUAGAUAAGCAAAAAUGGCAUCCUGUUUUGUUUUAUAUUACUAGUACUAAGAUAAAAGAGUUGGAUUAAAUCUUAUUUUGCUGGGCAUAUUAGGUUGCGAUACUGUUAAUUGUACCUUAAAUGGCCGACAUCAUGUUCUAAUACCCUUUGUGAGUUUUCCCAAUGGUCUGUAAACUCUGGAUAUUGGUCUUUAUUACUUUUAUUUUUUGUUAGGCAUGCUCUUUAUUACAUCUACUUUGUUAUUUGAUACUUA